AUUCGUUCACGCGCCAAGAUGCUUGUAUCACGUACCAGAAUUUUCAAUUUCCCGGUUUCAUUGGGGAAUUUCAUCAAACACCUUGACCGCACUUCGUAUUUCAAACCAACGGCUAUAACCAAAAGAAGUACAACUACAAAAUCUUCAAUCCUCAACGCCUCUCAUUUCGAAACCCUAAAUUCUUUACAAAAGCAGCAAGUCCGCCUCUACGUCGAUACUCUUCUCGAAUGGAACCAGAAAAUGAAUCUGACUGCGGUUACUGAACCGAACGAUGUGAUGGAUAGACACAUUGAGGAUUCGCUUGCGAUUAUACCUCCAAUUCGCAACACAUAUAUUACACAUUGUGAAUCUUCGUGUGAUAAUGUUAAUUUAGUAGACGUAGGAAGUGGCGCUGGACUUCCUGGAUUGAUAUUAGCCAUUGCUUGCCCUGGUUGGAAAGUGACGCUUCUGGAGUCGUUAAACAAGCGAUGUGUUUUCUUAGAGCAUGUGGUUGGGUUGAUUGGUUUGUCUAAUGUGACGAUUGUUAGAGGAAGAGCAGAGGAGGUAGGACAAAAUGCAGAAUUUCGAGAGGUCUUUGAUGUUACAGUGGCACGAGCUGUUGCAGAAAUGAGGAUAUUAGCUGAGUACUGUCUUCCUCUUGUUCGUGUUGGUGGCUUGUUUGUUGCUGCGAAAGGUCAUGAUCCUGAGGAAGAAGUCAAAAGAGCCAAGAGAGCAAUUAGUUUGAUGGGCGCUUCCUUGUUACAAACAUGCUAUGUGAAUUCACACAGCCCAUUUGGACAAAGAACUGCAAUCAUAUGUUUGAAAGAUGGCCCCACCCCCAAGAAGUAUCCGCGCGAUCCAGGUACACCUGCAAAGUCACCACUGUAGAUAACUCGAAUGGUCACUGAUCCUGCUUGCUCUUUUCCUUUACAUUCUUUUAUUGUUUCAAAUUGUAGUGGUGAUUAUUUUGUAAUAUUUACUCUAACAUUGCAAUGAAAUGGUUUUUAAAACAA